AUGGCAACGAACGAACGGGCAGAGGAUGACGAACUGCCGGUGCUCGAACGGACAGACGAGGUGGUUAAACGGCUCACCCAGCGGUGGGCUGAUAUAGCUUUGGAGGAGGAGGUGGAUGUGGGUUUUAAACCGGUGGGGGAGGAUGUUGGAGUGCUCGCGGAGGAGGAGGAGAGGCGGUGGGUGUGUGUCGGCCGUUUCUUGACAUCCAAGGUAGUGAAGCUGGAAUAUAUGAGGCAGGUUAUGGCCUCAAUUUGGCAGCCGGUGUGGGGCAUGCAGGCUACGGAGAUUCAAUCGAGAUUGUUUAUGUUUAUUUUCUAUGAUGAGACCGAUAUGCAGAGAGUUCUCGAUGAAGGACCAUGGUCGUUUGAUAAUAACACCCUUGUUUGUAGACAGGUGGAGGCGGAUGUCCGGCCGGCAGCCGUUGAGUUGAAGUCAGUGGAUAUGUGGGUGCAACUCUAUGAUUUACCGUUGGGUUAUACUUCGGGGGCGGUACUUGAACAAGCUGCCAAUUUUAAUGGUUCGUUUGUUAAGGUGGAUGACCGCUACCCAAGGGCACCGUGGAAGACGUUUCACCGGGUCCGGGUCUCAAUUCCGGUAGACAAGCCACUAAAUUUGUUGGGGCAUGCCUAUAAAUUUUGUAAGCUCGCGAGGAAAUCCGGAUUAACCGCGGACAAGUUCCCGUACACGGCGGACCUGAAGGCGGGGGGAGGUAGACGGGGAACGAGACAGGUGGGGGAGCCAUGGUUGAUAGCACUUGAGGGGAAGGGGAAGGGUGUGGCAAGAUGGGAAGAGAAGGGGAGGAGUGCGGGUGUAGGGGGUGUGGGGGACGUACGGCUUGGGGAGGUGAGGGCAGGUGAAGGGGUGGUGGUUGCGGCUUCUAAAAGGAGGAGGGGGGAUGGGGUGGAUGGUGGUGGUUUGAGAAUGGAUGCGGGGGAUGUGAUCAUGGCAGAGCUGUCAAAAAACGGAUUUACGGCGGGUCUUGGUGGUCAGGCCCGCCCAUCACAAUGA